AUGUCGGACAAGUUUCGUGUCAAGCGGUACUCCCCGCCUACAGAUACUGCCCAUGAUAAAAAUGCUGAAAAAACUGCUGUUGCUGUUAUAAACCAAUGUAAACAAUAUGACUUCCAAGUAUAUACUAUUCAUUUGUCAGAAUAUGUUCAAUCUCACACAACCUUACCAGAACCCAAUUGUGUGCCUAAAAAUAAGAAUGAGAUGGAAUUACAAGCCUUAUUAAGUAGUAUGUCUGUUACAGUCGGAAAUGAUUUUUUCAUGAAAAUAAAAACUAACCUAUUUAUAAGAGUUGCAAAACAAUUGCAAUGCAAUUAUAUCUUCACAGCUGAAACUACGGCCACUUUGGCUAUAAAUUUGCUGUCAAACCUUACCAUGGGUCGAGGAGAACAAGUUCAGGAUGAUGUUAGUUUUUAUGAUGGAAGAAAUGAUAGGAUCAAAAUACUGCGACCUAUGAAAGACAUUAGUAAAGAAGAACUGGACUAUUAUAUCAGAAUGAAAAAUCUACAUCCAGCAGAACAAAGCAUUAUCCAACCAAACAGCCUGCAGUCUGUGAUUGGGUCAUUUGUUACUGAAUUGCAAGGUAGCUUUCCAGCUACAAUUUCAACUAUUUGCAAAACUGCCGAUAAAAUUGGAACUUCUAACACUGAUCAAUCAAAGGAAAAAUGUGUUCUUUGUAAGAGCUUCCUGAGGACACAAAGCACAAAGUUAACCGCUCUGGAAGCAACUAACUUUUCACGUGUAGUAUCCCUGCAAAGCCCUAACAAUACAGAUUUGAAGACCAUCGAGCAUCAAGUAAACUGCAGUAAUGAGAAAUCCAUGUUUCCUUAUGUGAAUGAUCGUCUGUGUUAUGGUUGUAGCAGAAAUUAUUUAGAAAUUAACAACUCAACAUUACCACGACAUAUUCAUGAUGCUAUUCUAAGUUAAUUCGUUAUUUCUUCCAUUAAACUCGUACAUAAAAAACAUUCAAGAACUACGAGGAACUAAAUUGCCUAUUUUUGUAGGUAGGUUUUUUUUUUUUAAUUAUAAAUGGGCUUACUCUUGACCACAGACUAGCCAAAGGCAAAGACGUGGCCUACGAUGGAGUGAGCUCGCCCAGAAGAUGCCUGUUCACUCUUGAUUUGAAGG